UAGAAAUCCAGGAGCGCGGAUCUCAAAACCCGGGCUCCUCUCCUCCAGCUGGUCACAAGCAACAACCCUACAUCCAACAAAACACCUCAGUACCGGGCCUCCAACCACCGACACUGGAAGCCCCCUUAUAGACAACAAAAACGCGGAAUAAUACGAGGAUAUAUCAGGAAAUAUUAAUGCACAUGUCGUGAAGCGCCUGGAAAAAUCGUAAACAACAGAAAAACAGAGGGAAAUGUCUCGGUGGCUGCGCGGCGAGGAUAGUGAGGAAGCCAUGCAUCAAGACACCGAUUCUGACAUGGCAGAGCGAGGUGACGGUGGGAAAGUGAAGGUGAAAUGGACCCAGGAGGAGGAUGACAAACUCAAGGCGCUGGUUCAAAAGCUGGGGACUAAUGAUUGGAAACAAAUUGCCAACAACAUACCAAACCACAGUGAACCCCAGUGUCAGCACCGCUGGUUUAAAGUCUUGGAUCCAGGGUUGGUGAAAGGCCCUUGGACCAAAGAGGAAGAUGAGAAGGUGAUAGAGCUUGUGAAUCUGUACGGAAACAAACAGUGGGCCACGGUAGCCAAGCAUCUGAAGGGCAGACUGGGGAAGCAGUGCAGAGAGCGCUGGCACAACCACCUCAACCCCAACGUGAAGAAAUCAUCAUGGACGGCAGAGGAGGAUCUAAUUAUCUACAAAGCCCACUGCCUUCUGGGAAACCGCUGGGCCGAGAUCGCCAAGCUGCUCCCUGGAAGAACGGACAACGCAGUGAAGAACCACUGGAACUCCACCAUCAAACGCAAACUGGAGAUGGGUUUCUACGCCGGAGAGGUGUUCGGCCCGAACGAGCUUGAAGAGCUUUUAGCCCGCGUGAAUAAAGACGAACAGGUGGGCGAUGUCUCCGUUAUGUCCUCCUCUAAGAGGG